AAACAACAAUUUUCUAAAAUAUGUGUUGCCAAGAGACAUCUAACCAUUAGAACAUCUCAGCGUUCUAUUGAAGGUUUUCUGUUCGAAAACAAGAACAACUUCAAUUUGCUGUUUAACAACAACAAAGUUGACUGAUUUGUGAGACCUGAGAUUGAAAAAUCGACUGGAAAAUGCCUGGGUGCUUUUCAAGGGUUCGCGAUCAUCGGGAGGUGGACAGCGACUUUGAAGAGGAAUCAAAUGUACUGGAUGAGGUCCAGUUGGAUGUGCCACUGCUGCCAGUCAUCCUUGAUGUCCAGGAUGCUGCUAUCAUCCUUGAGGAUGGGCCAGAUGUGCCGACUUUCCUUGAGGAGGCCACUGGUAAUUGGCAGUUGAUACCGAUUAGGUUCAGCCCCCUGUACUGUGGGCCUGUUGUGAUCAGAAACAAUGCCAGUCCGCUGGCUAAAGCUUGGAGGACUUUCCAUUUCAUCAGCCCCAUUAUCACCUACAUGCGUGGUGGAUCCCAGGUGGUGGUGAGGAUGCACCAUGUAAGUAGGGUUCGAGGCCUGGAGACUCAACUGGUGUGGUACAUCUCCAGGGAGACAGCCAGACUUAGUCUAGAGGGCAUCCCCUACUGUGCCAACAAGGUGCAGUCCAUCACUUGGAUCCUGUAUGUGGCUGGGAGGGUGACCCAGUAUGCAUCUCACCUCCACCAUGAGACGUCUGUGGACGUGACAUUUGACUGCUACCGGCAGACUGAUGUCUCGGUGGUGUACACCAUUCUCCACAUGGGACUGGAUGGGCUGCUCUCCUCCUCGGCGUGGUCGGAGGCUGCCUCCGUCUCUACGCCCACCAAUCAGCAGUUCACUGAGCCAGAGCCUGAGGGCCACAACUGCUAUGAGGUCAGAUGUUAG